UAGGCGCAUCAAUCGACCCUGCCUAUAAGUGGGCAGUCCCGAAUUGCCAACCGCAGCUAACUUCACUCACGUCUCUGAUUGCAAUUUUUAUAAAAAAAAAGAAAGAAAUUGAUCACUUUUAAAAGGCGUAGAAAGUGUGUGUGUCGUGGGAGAAACCAAAUUUACGAACUACAAACGAGGCUCAAUCGCAAUAGCGGCUCCCUAUUGAAGCGGCAUAGAGGAAUAUAAAGAAAACGGACAAAAUGACGUCUCUGGAGCAAAAUCGUUUACAAAACUUCAAAAACAAAGGGAAAGAUCAGGAUGAAAUGCGGCGUCGGCGAAACGAAGUCACUGUCGAGCUGAGGAAGAACAAGCGCGAGGAGACUAUUCUCAAGCGGCGGAAUGUGCCCAAUCUGGACUCGAACACAGAUGAGGACGAGCAGUUGUCCUCGUCCAUUAACCUGAAGAAGCUUGCCCAGACAGCCGCAGACGCCACCAAGCCGGAGCAGCAACUGGCAGCCGUUCAGGCCGCCCGCAAGCUGCUUUCGUCGGACAAGAAUCCACCCAUCAACGAUCUGAUCCAAAGUGACAUUCUGCCCAUCCUGGUGGAGUGUCUCAAGCAACACAAUCACACAAUGCUCCAAUUUGAGGCCGCUUGGGCCCUGACCAACAUUGCCUCUGGCACAUCGGUCCAGACCAAUGAGGUUGUUGCCGCCGGUGCCGUGCCGCUCUUCCUUCAACUUCUCAACUCGCCCGCUCCCAAUGUUUGCGAACAAGCCGUGUGGGCCCUGGGCAACAUCAUCGGCGAUGGUCCAUUGCUCCGCGAUUUUGUCAUUAAGCACGGAGUCGUGCAGCCACUGUUGUCGUUCAUCAAGCCGGACAUCCCCAUCUCAUUCUUGCGCAAUGUAACAUGGGUGAUUGUGAAUUUGUGCCGCAACAAGGAUCCGCCUCCCCCGGCAGCCACCAUUCAUGAGAUCCUGCCCGCACUCAAUGUGCUAAUCCAUCACACCGACACGAACAUCCUAGUGGACACGGUCUGGGCAAUCAGCUAUUUGACUGACGGCGGCAACGACCAGAUCCAGAUGGUCAUUGAGAGUGGAGUUGUACCCAAGCUGAUACCACUGCUGGGCAACAGUGAGGUCAAGGUUCAGACCGCCGCACUGCGAGCUGUUGGCAAUAUAGUGACUGGAUCGGAUGAGCAGACACAGGUUGUGCUCAACUAUGACGCGCUCUCCUACUUCCCGGGCCUACUCUCGCAUCCCAAGGAGAAGAUCCGAAAGGAGGCGGUUUGGUUUCUUUCGAACAUUACCGCUGGAAAUCAGUCGCAGGUGCAGGCCGUUAUCAACGUAGGUCUCCUGCCUAAAAUUAUCGAAAACCUAAGCAAGGGCGAGUUCCAGACACAGAAGGAGGCUGCCUGGGCCAUCAGCAAUCUGACCAUUAGCGGCAACCGCGAACAGGUCUUCACCCUGAUCAAGGAGGGCGUUAUUCCGCCAUUCUGUGAGCUGCUUUCGUGCCAGGAUACGCAAGUUAUAAAUGUUGUUCUGGAUGGACUGAACAAUAUGCUCAAAGUGGCCGAUUCUCAUGUUGAGGCGGUGGCCAACUUUAUUGAGGAAUGCGAGGGUCUGGCCAAGAUCGAGCGGCUGCAGAGCCACGAAAACGUUGAAAUCUACAAACUAGCUUAUGAAAUCAUUGAUCAAUACUUCACGGAUGAGGGCGAACAGACUAACAUGGCACCAAGCUCCGACGGCACACAAUACAAUUUCGAUCCGAACGCCGAUAAGCUGCCCAUGAACUCAUUCAACUUUUAACGAUCCAAUCCGAAGGCAGCCGCAGUAGCAGUAAAGAAAAACCAAACACGUGCAACACACAUAAUUUGGCGUUUAUCCGUACACAAUCCAUUGUGUAUGAACAAGCCCGACGAGCCGCCAACAAAUUCACAUAAUAAUAGCAUUAUAUAUUUUGUCCACCACACAGCAGCAAUUAGACAGCCGGGUUCGUUUUAGGGACGAGAAAUAGGAACUCGUGAGGAUACACAACGGAUAAUCCGCUGCAGCCGUUUUAGCUUCUCUCAAUUCUGUGUUAUCAAAAUUACAAAAUUCAGACAUACACACACUCGUGCGUGUGUGGUUGUGCAAUGCAAGGACAUCCGAUUGGAGUGACUGUGCUAUAGCUCAUCUAAAAUAUAUACACACAGGAAUGAAAAAAAACAAUUUCAAAAACAAUGUAGACCUAUUUGAUUUAUAUGGAAUUAUUUAAAUAUGUACGCUUCUGAUUUGUAAUUGAAAUUACAUAUGUAUACAUUUCUAACAUGAAAACGAUAAAAGCAAAAGUCCACUCAUCA